CAAAAGCCAACCGGAAGUUCCGACACUACUGUAAGUGGCUAGCAGCGAGAGCUAAAAAGGUUAUCAUCAGAUCCAAACGCGUAUUUAACUUUACUCAUUAGUUAUGUGGAAUUAAUUUGAAACAGUGAACAUAUUGAGCAUGAAAAUAAGAGGGACGUAGAAAUAUUGCCAAGUCGUUUCAAUAAACUUCUGUCGAGCGACUACUUUUUUACCUGAGGGAAAAAUCAAUGCUGAGGUUGUAUAUUUGAGAGAUGGGCUCUGAAAACCCAGAGGACUUUGGGCCAACUGGGAUCCUUGCUGAGGAAGAUCAGCAAGAAAUUGGAGGCCUGAUCAACUCCGAUGGAGAAGAAGUGGAUUUCUCAGAUCUCAGUGAGCAAAUAAAUUAUAACAGAGAGAGUGCUAUCCAUGACAUUGUACCUGCAGAGGCUCCCUCCAAGACAUUUGAUCAAAGUGAGACUGAAAAACCACCGUCUCUUCACAGCUGCUCAGUGUGUGGUAAAGACUUCCCUUACGCCUCUAAACUUCAGCGCCACCUACGCACUCACUCUGGAGAGAGGCCUUUCCCCUGCUCUAUGUGUGAGAAGAGAUUUCCAGAAAAGGGGCUGCUCAUGAUCCAUGAAAGGGUCCACACUGGGGAAAAGCCAUUCCCAUGCACUUUCUGUGAGAAAAGAUUUGCCAGUCAGGGUGAGCUCCGACUGCACCGGCGGACACACACCGGCGAGCGGCCAUAUCACUGCUCCAUCUGUCUGAAGAGCUUUUCCCGACACUGGCAUCUGAAGACUCACCUAGAGGCGAUGCACUCUGAGGUUGUGGCGGGCUUUACGAGGAAGAAGUUCCCAUGUUCGGACUGUGAUAAGAGCUGUAACUCGGCAGCGGAGCUGAGAGAUCACCAGAGGACUCACACCGGUGAGAGGCCCUAUCAGUGCUCUUUCUGUGACAAAAGGUUCGCCUUGUCGGGAACACUUGUGAGACACGAGCGCCUCCAUACUGGCAUCACGCCCUACCACUGCUCCGACUGUGGUAAGACAUUUGCACAGCAGUGGACUCUGACGACACACAUGCGGACUCACACGGGGGAAAAACCUUACAGCUGCACACAAUGCGAUAAGUCUUUUGUAGCUCCAGGAGAGCUUCGGAGGCACACCAGGAUUCACACAGGAGAAAAGCCGUACACAUGCAAGGACUGUGGGAGGCACUUCUCACUUGCAGGAACUCUCAGAAACCACAAACGAUCGUGUACACAGAACAAGAAUGGAUCAGUUCCAGAUGUAAUCUCAGACCCAGUUCAAGCUGCAGCUGGCGCAUCAUCCCAGCAAGACCUGGCCAACAACAUCCACUCUGAGGGAGAGACAACGCACAACCAUUACAAAGUGUCUGACAGUCAGAGUUCACCCAGUGCAGUUGAGCCCCAUUCCUCAGAGGAUCAUAGCUGUGACGAAGCAGCUCAGUGUGAAAAUAACCCCCGAGAACCAGAAGAGCAACCAGAAGACGUCACUUCUAGUCCGCAUAUGAGCGUCAUAGUUAAAGAGGAGGAAGAAGAGAAACCCUUGUGUGAAGAAGCUCCGGACCAUGUGUAUGGUAGUGAGGAUUGCACCAAUCAGGAGGAAACUGAAGAGCAGCAUCAGGAAAGCAACACAGAAAUAAGGAUAACAGUAAAGGAGGAAGAAGAGGAACUUGUGAACACGUCCGGAGAGGACCCUGAUCAUGUCUCUGGCAGCGAUAAAGACAGCGCUCCAGCCUCACCAGGGCAGGAAGAGUGUAACAAUCUGACAAAGAGCUCUUACUGCUGUGGCCUCUGUGGGAGGGACUGUCACAAGAUGUCGGCGCUUCAGAUUCACAUGCGAAUUCAUUCGGGUGAGAAACCUUUCCAGUGCAGUCUGUGUGGAAAGCAGUUCACCCAGAAAGGUCAGCUCAAGGGUCACCAGAAGGUGCACACGGGAGAAAAACCGUUCUCCUGCCCGGACUGUGGGAAGUGCUUCGCCCACUCGGGCGCCAUGAACAGACACCGGCUCACACACACAGGGGAGAGGCCCUACCACUGCUCUGUGUGCGACCGGAGCUUCAACCAGUCCGGCCGAUUGAGGGAACAUGAGAAGAUCCACUUUGGGGAGAAGUUUGACUGUCCUGAAUGUGAAAAGAGUUUUACCCGAGCUUCAAGCCUCAAGAACCAUUUCAGGCUUCACACGGGAGAGAGGCCGUAUGCCUGCGACACCUGCGGGCGAGGCUUCAGCCGCUCACAAAGCCUAAGGCUCCACAAACGGAAACAUGAGCAGAUGCACACUGAAGAGGAGUCCGGCUUCAGUGCAAAGAACGACGAUUCAUCACAGAGUGACGAUAACUCCCCGAUUAAUAUGUGUAUAGCAGACAAAAAUGACUGAAAAUGUAUUUAUUUGAACUACAGAGAUAUGUACCAGUAGUAGUAUAACGAUAGAACGAAGAUUUUAGGCAGUAAAACGGGAACUGAAAACGUUCAGGGAACUGUCAUUAAAACAAUGUGGUGGUUCACAUAAAAGUAUUAAAGCUAAAAUAUGUAACUCCCUGAAAUUAACAAACGGACAAGUGUGAGAUGAUGUUCAGCAACUAACACCACUUUGAAACAAAGGCCCAAUCCCAAAGUCCGGACUCCCAGAAUCCCUCUUAGAGUUGUCCCAAUGUCGAAUUUCAAAGGGUGCGAGUGUUUGAGUACGCACUGACCGAGCCCUUUCUGUGAGUCUGCAUCAACGCAGACUUCACCUAAUGGAAUUAUCCACACGACGUUUACCGCAGAGGCCAUAAGGAAAUCCGGAAAUUCGAAAGGUAAACAGCAUAACACACGACCACGGAAUAGAACGGACAUGUUGUCCAGCUUGUAAAACAAGAGUUUGAAAAAAUUUGGUCUCCUUUGCCUGGGCCGUGUGGAAAGCAACAAACUAAAAAUGCCCAAACAGGCAAGUGUCGGCAACAUCUUUGUUGUUAAACGUCGCCAAGGUAACGUGAUCUCGUGAAGUGCUGUCCCAAUCCCAUUUAUCUGAGCCCAUGUGCCCUCAAACACUCAAUCACUUAGCACCUGAGAUCCAUUAAGUCUGUGAGUCUUUAGUCCAGGGCUCACUUUGGGAUUUGGCCAAAAUGACCAGACAUAUUUACUACAAACAUCUUGGAAACUGUUCAGAUGAUAGAUUUUAGGACUCAUAUUUACUCUUUUAUCACUCUUACUUAAGUUAGUUGCAACAAAAUAUCACACUCACAUUUAGAGUAUUUACUGUAGUGCAAAGGACUUAUUUAAGGUCUGUGAUUUCACAUUUUUUCAUGCAGUAUUUGUCAUUCAAACUAAUCGUGUAUGUGGACAUUGGAUUGAAGAGUAAUUGUUUUUGUAUCUGACGUUACAUUGGCCGAUAAUCCGUCUACGAAUCAGGUGAAACUGGAAUUCAUUUUUUGGCUACGACAUAUUUUAGCUGGUAAUGAUCAUGAUAUUCAUCAUGGUCUUUUGCCAAAACCAUUUUCCCAACUGGUGAUUCUCUGUUUGUGUUAUUCAACAACUAAAUCAUGAAUCAGGUUCACCUGGUUUAGAAAACUCUUAAAGGCCAAGUAACUAUUGUGAAUAAAGGUCAUCUUAUAAUGAUACAAAAGGCAAUAAUUUAAAGCCAUGUAGAUGUUACAUUUUGCCCAGAGCUGCCUCUGUCUUAUUGUAUGGGACAUGUCUGACUCCUGACAGGAGUUUAUGUACAAGAGGUACAAAUAUAUGCCUCUAAAAGUCAUGAAUAUGUGUCAUGAUGUUUUUUUAAACUAUUAAAAGGAAUUGCCUGUAGACACUGACCAUAAAGGUUCUGGUUAGAAAUCGAGACACACUAUAUUUUUAGUUCAAGUGAUGAGUAAAAAAGUUACAAAUGUUCUCAAUCAGUUUACUAUGCAUGACAUGAUGCAUGUUCUGGAUCAAGCAAGCACAUAAAUCCUCUGGGAAAUGAAUUCACUUGUCUUGGGUUCACACAAAACCCUUUAUAUUUUAUUACAGUAUGAUUUCCCAUACUGACUUGAACAUGUGUGGAAAAGGAGUACAGGAAUAGGUUUUUUGCCAAAAGGUAUAGAAAAACAUUGGUAAAACACAUUUUACCGCAAUAACAAGUAAUAACAGCACAUGGAUACAAAAAAAUUAGAUCACACAACAUUGUACACAACAGUGUCCAGGUCCAGGAUUAUGUACAGUGUAUUUUGCUAGGCUAUAUAAGACAAUUUAAACCAAUAUUUUAGCAAUAUCAAUAUUAUUUCUUGAACCUUUGAGAAAUUUGACUGUUAAAUGUUUGACUUAUUUUUAUUUCAUGCAAUGAUACUAUUUUAUACUACUAGUCAUGUAUUCUAAUUUCUAUCUGAUAAAGAACUGUUACCAGUUAACGUUUAUGUAUAGGCAGUCUGCUCACUCUGAUAUAGACUUUUUUCACGGUGGACAUGUUGACGAGUCAUAUGAAAGCACAGGUGUAUUCAAAACCAUUAAUGAUGGCUGCAUGCCACUUAGGAGAGGCCCUGGUAUUGUGCAUGCUGACCCACUGAAAUAGCUUACUGGGACACUCGAUGGAAUUGUGCCAUCGUUAAGGUUAUCAGUUUCAGCUGUGCUUUUAUUACUAUAACAAGUCAAAAUGUCUGCUGUGAAAAAGGUCCGUUAU